GGAGAAACAGACCGCCUGCCUCUGGAGGUUGCUUUAAUGCAGAUGGUGUCCAUGCCACCUCUCUGCGAGAACGUGGUGGAGCUGCUGGAAUGGUUCGAGAUGUCCAGUUGCUUCAUCCUGGUUUUGGAGCGACCCAGUCCCUGUGUGGACUUGCGCGAGUUCUGCACUCACAUGAACAGUCAACUGUGUGAACCACUGGCUUGUGAAAUCAUGUGGCAGGUGGUUCAGGCCGCUCGUCACUGCUGUGACUGUGGUGUUCUUCACCAUGACAUCAAAGCGGAGAACCUUCUGAUCAACAUCGACACUCUGCAGGGGAAGCUGAUAGACUUUGGUUGUGGAGACUUGCUGAAGGACUCCCCCUAUCAGAGAUUUGUAAGAACUCAGACUUUCUUACCUCCAGAGUCGACAAGAGACAGGCAGUAUAUGGGACGUCCUGCUACCAUCUGGAGUCUGGGUAUGCUCCUGUACUACCUGGUCUGUAGUGACUUCCCCUUCAAAAGCGAGGUUGAAACCAGUGAGAAGGACAUAUUGCCCCCUCCUUAUCUGUCUCGAGGUUGCCGAGAUCUGAUCUCAUGGUGCCUAAACAAAGACCCUCACUAUCGGGCGACUUUGGAGGACAUCAUCAGCCACGAGAGGUUCAUGGAGGAGCUUCAGUACAAUGUCCAGGUGAGUUACUUCCUGCCUACUUUGCUCACUUCAUUUUAUUUCCUUUUCAUAUGAUUUAUACCACAUUAUUUUUCAUAAUAUUUAUACCUGAUAAUCAUAUUGGAUGUAGUCAGAGACAGGACGACAUGAUAAACACAUUGUAAUAUAAUCCUUAUUGAUCACACACGUCUCCUUCAUUACUGUCUGCUGCAGGAGAGAACGAGUGUGAGGCUCAUUCAUUCUUAUUUCUGUUGAACUAAAUGAUUGUGUGUGUGUGUGUGUGUGUGUGUGUGUGUGUGUGUGUGUGUGUGUGUGUAACUGAGCCGUUUGUGUGAAGAUGCACAGUAGGAGAGCUGCUGCUACAAGAAGGCUUUGGAUCUGUUGAUGCCGGGGUUCAUAAGUCAGAUGUGAAAGUGCAGCCUCACUGAAGAGCUCCCUCCAGAGGCUCACAGGGCCGCCUUCAUUCCCAAGCUCCAGCCUGAGACAUACAUGAGUGUCUUGGUGCAAAAAGUGGAGGCCAUUUUGAUUGACAGCCAGGAUGCAGGGGGUGGAAAUUGUGUUGUCAUUACUACUCAGAAUGUAAAAGAAGGACGAUCCGAACAUGGGGAAUGCACACACCAAUCCUAAAAAUAAAUAAAUAAACAAAACACAUUAAUAUUC